AUGUCUGACGAAGCUGACGUGGCUGAGAUUGAGAGAUUCAAUAAGCAGAAUUUGAAGAGGGUGGAGAUACAAAAGAAGAACCCACUGCCUUCAAAAGAAACAACUGAACUAGAGAGGCAAACAGAUGAAUCAUCACGAGGCAUGCAUGCCAAAAUGCAUUGGCAGACCUUCUACUUGAGAACUGUAGAACGAGAGAAGACCCGUUUUACAAAGAACAGGGAGGGUGAAUGCUCAAAAACAGAGAUCCACAAACAUUCUGUAAUGUGA